AUGGACCCAGCCUGGAACCCAGCAACAGAGGGUUGCUGUCACCCCCUCGGCCAGAAGAGAGACAUUGUCAUCACUAAGUUCAUAGUGAAGGACUCCGUGGAGGAGAAGAUGGUGAGGAUUCAGAAGGAGAAUCUGGAGGGGAAGGCUUUCGGCCUCCUCUGUGUGGUCUUCAUCACCCUGGGCAUCGCUGGAAUAAGUCUAGAGUGGAAAGAAGAGUGGCACACUGUUCUUCUAUCACUGCAGGCCACGGCUCCAUUCCUACAGAUGGGAGGGGUUGGAGCCCUGACCCUGGUCAGCUGGCUGGUGUUCCAGGGCUUCCAUAGAUCCCGCAGAGUAGCCUCUAAGAUCCUCAUCAUGGUAGUGUUUGCUGGCGUGUCAGUGGCAAUGUUCCUCAGCCCACUCCUCAUCCAAUCCCCUUGUCUGGUGGACGAGAAACAGCUGCCCCCUAAACCUGCCCUCUUUGGUCAUCGCGGAGCACCAAUGCUGGCCCCAGAGAACACCCUGAUGUCGUUCAGGAGGAGUGUGGGGUGCAACGUGACCGCCUUUGAGACGGACGUGCAGCUCAGUAAGGACAGAGUUCCUUACCUGAUGCACGACAACGGCAACCAUUUCCUGAGUAGGACUACAGAUGUUCUACAGAAGUUCCCUGGGAAAGACUUGAACCACAGCACAAACCUCACUUGGGAUGAGCUACAGGAAUUAAACACUGGUGAUUGGUUCCUGAAGACAGAUCCAUUCCGUUCAGUGUCCCAGCUCUCAGAACAGGAGAAGAAGACAGCUGGGAACCAGAGUGUUCCCUCCCUUCUGCAGCUGCUUCACCUGGCCAAGACUCAUAACACCUCUGUCAUCUUUGACUUGAAGAAUGACAACAACAAUGACACUAAUGACACUGUGAAAACCAUCAUCAACUCUGGCAUCCCCCACGACAAGAUCCUCUGGCUUCCCCCCACACAUAGGGAGGAUGUGAAGAAGGUUGCACCAGGGUUCAAACAGGUUUACAACAAUGUGCUUGAUAUGAACCGUGAUGGAGCAGAUCAUCUGAAUGUCAAGUACAGUGCGUUGAGCUUCGCAGAGAUCGGGGAGCUUCGGAACAGGAACGUUUCGGUGAACCUGUGGGUGGUGAAUGAACCAUGGCUCUUCUCUUUAAUGUGGUGCUCGGGGGCCAGCUCUGUGACCACCAACGCCUGCUCUGUCCUACAGGACAAGAACCAGCCUGACUGGACAAUGAAGAAAUGA